AUGCGGGCUCCUUUCCCUCUAGCGCUGCGAAUUGGCACCGACAUCGUUGCCACGAAGCGCAUCUCGGCAUUGCUCCAACCAGACGUCAGACGCCUGGUCAGGCUGGCCAAUCGUUUCCUUGUCCCCGCCGAGCUCGAGGAUUUGAGACGCCGCUUCCCGCACUGGCAAGAUGACGCAGGUCGUCACGACCAGCUCGCUAGAAAACAGGUGGUGGCCUGGAUCGCCGGCCGCUGGGCGUCCAAGGAGGCAGCCAAAAAGGCCUGGGACGCUUCAUUACUCAGCUUUCGCGAUCUGAGGGUCGGAAUUGAAUCCGACGGCGCCGUCCACGUCGUCUGUGAUACGCGUCCAGAGGCUCCCGCGACCACGGCCACUUCGGAUGAUUCCACCAUCAAGGUGACUGAGCAGGUGGCCCAACUCAGCAUCAGCCACGACGGAGAAUACGCCAUCGCAACAGUUCUUGCGACACCCUUACACCCAGACAUAUCGGCCGAACUCGGAAGGAGGAAGGCCGAGGCCGAAGCAAAGAUUAAAAGGGCUCGUAGUCCUCCUGGAGAGAAUUGA